AUGCUGGUGACCCGUUUGGAAGCCAGCCCGGACCUUUGCGAGACGACUCAAUUCUUUUUGGCGCCGCACUGGCAGUAUGCCGUAUUAUUGGCGCCAAACUUCCCAUGGCUGGACGUGCUACUCAAAAAAGUAGCGCCAUCCCAGCCUGGAGAAAAAGAAUUGAGAACCGUAUCGCAAAGGCAAGGGCCCUUAUCGGCAGAUUGA